CAGAACCCUGAUGACAAACAAGGGUCCAGCUUUACCAUGAAAUCCCCCUCAUUUUGCCUCAGGCUCUUCCUCAUCUGCCUGGCCCCUCUACUGUUCUUUCUGGUGGGACAGGGGAGUGAGGGUGGGUGGGGUCCAAACUCUGACAGAAGCCACAACAUCACCAUCCUGCUGUGGCACUGGCCCUUUGGCCCCUCCUACAAUUUGGAGGGAGACGUGUGCUGGAACCGGUACCGUAUCCCUGACUGCCGCCUGGUGGACCAGCGCUCUCUCUACCCCAGUGCUGACCUGGUGGUCUUCCACCACAGAGAGCUGAUGAACGGCCAGGAGCGGCUGCCCCUCCACCUUCACCGGCCAAGGCACCAGAAGUGGGUCUGGCUCUCUCUGGAGUCCCUUGUCAACAGCAGAUACCUGAAGCCCUUCAAUAACGUGUUCAACUGGACCAUGUCCUACCGCCGCGAUGCCGAUAUCACCAUGCCCUAUGGUAAGCUGCUGCCGAAGGACUGUGAUACUGGUAAUGAUAGCACAGAAGACAUCAUUCCCAAAAAUAAGUCCAUUCUGGCCUGCUGGGUUGUUAGUCACUAUGAGCCUCAGCACAGAAGGAGCUUGGUGUACAAGAGGCUGAAAAGAAGCAUCCCAGUGGCGGUGUAUGGUCGCUUGAGAGGGAGUGUUUUGGCCUCCAUCGACCUGCUGCCCACCAUCUCAAGCUGCUACUUCUACCCGUCCUUCGAGAACUCCAUCGCCAAGGAUUAGAUCACUGAGAAGCUCUGGCGGAACGCUUACCAGGCAGGGGCAGUGCCUGUGGUUCUGGGUCCACCUCCAGAUGACUACAUAGCCGUGGCGCCGCCCAACUCCUUCAUCCAUAUUGAGGACUUUCCAUCCACCAAGGAGCUGGGGAACUAUCUCCGCCAGCUGCAACUGGACAAGGAGAGAUAUGCUGGGUACUUUGCGUGGCGGCAUAGCUAUCAGGUGAAAGUGUAUACAGACUGGAGGGAGAGGCUGUGUAGCAUCUGCCCCCAGUAUCACAGCCUGCCUGCUCAGAAGGUUUACCAUGACCUGGAAGCCUGGGUCAGGAAGUGAAACCACACCCAUGGUUCACUUUGGCAGCUCCUCAGACUUUCUGCAUCCUAAAUAGCACCCGUUUCACUAUGCAGGUCCUUACAUUUGACCAGGGCUCAUAGGGUCUGGUCAAAAGUAGUGCACUAUACAAGGGGAGUGACAUUUAGGACACCUUUUAAAAAUGUGAAGGUGGUCUUCUCUAGGACCAGCUCUUUUCACAUACAUUGACAAUUCAGCAAUAAACACCUCCCCACACAACUAAUGUGUGAGAAACAGAAAGUGGUUGAGCAUUUAUGGGUGAUCUGUGUUACACAUGCAGCAUUUAUAUACACAAUAGCAUAUUCACUAACUGUUGUUACGGCACAGGUUGGCAUGGAAAAUAAAAA